AUGGAUGCCCAAGAGCUCAAGCAGUAUCUGGCUGACGCGCCCCCCAGUGUCGUGAGGCUCGAGAUCGAGAAGCAUUUCGAUGCUUUGACCGACCGCCAGAAGCGAUACGCCCACUUCAUUAGCAGAGCGUCGUUCGGAGGCAGUAGGAUCGUGGCUAGGCAGAUCUCGCCCGAAUCGGAGCCUAUACUCGAUUUCAUACUGGCACUUCACAAGAGCAGCGGUGGCGACUGGAAGGCGCUGCAGGCCAAGGCCGCCAUUUCGGACCAGGACUUGGAUCACUUUCUGCAGUAUGCCGCGCAGUUCCUGGGGAACAACGGCAAUUACAAGAGCUUUGGUGACGCUAAGUUCAUCCCGCGCUGCCCCGAGUCCGCCUUUGCUGCGCUCGCAGCGACGUCCCCAGACGCCCAGAAAUUCUACGACGCCACUACCGGCGCUAUCUUUUCCACGGAUAAGCCUGCUCUCAUGCAUCUCGGCUAUCCAGAGCAGGGCCAUAUGACUACUUACUAUCCGGGAUCGCCGGACAUCACCAAAGCCGAGAUCGACGCUGUCUCGGCGUGGAUGGAGAAGAAGGGACUGCUCCCCGAGAACACUCGUCUAGCCAGGACCAAGGAUGGCUCGUUCGAAAUUUGGAUCGCGUCGGCAGAUCGGACGCUUCCCGGCGAAGGCGGCGACAUUGGGAACGAGACCGAGUUCAAAAUCGAGGAUGGCACGUUGGCGGGGAAGACCAUCACCCUUGUAUAUGGCGAUUACUCCAAGGAGAUGGCCCUCAUUGCGGCCAGCAUCAGAGGCGCGGCAGAGAAUUCCGCUAACGAGAACCAGAAGAAGAUGCACGAUGCCUACGCCAAAUCUUUCCAGAGCGGUUCGCUGCUGGCCUUCAAAGAUUCUCAGAGAUUCUGGAUUCGAGACAAGGGCCCGAUGGUCGAGUCUAACAUCGGCUUCAUCGAAACGUACCGCGACCCCGCUGGCAUCCGUGGCGAAUGGGAAGGUUUUGCUUCUAUGGUCAAUCUGGAGCGUACGCGAGCCUUCGGGGCCCUUGUGGACGCUGCGCCCUCUCUGAUACCGCUUCUGCCGUGGAGUAAGGACUUCGAGAAGGACAAAUUCUUGUCCCCGGAUUUCACGUCUCUCGAGGUCCUAACAUUUUCUGGCUCGGGUAUACCAGCUGGGAUCAAUAUCCCUAAUUACGACGACAUCAGACAGACCGAGGGUUUCAAGAACGUAUCCCUCGGCAAUGUGCUGAGCGCGAAGGCACCCGACGAGAAGAUUCCGUUUAUCGCCGACAAGGAUCUGGGUAUAUAUCAACGCUACCGUGACGGCUCUUUCGAAGUGCAAGUUGGGCUCCACGAGCUUACGGGUCAUGGCUGUGGCAAGCUAUUACAAGAGACGUCCCCGGGAGUGUUCAAUUUCGAUAGGGAAAACCCCCCCAUCUCUCCCUUGACCGAAAAGCCCGUUGCCACAUGGUAUAAGCCUGGCCAAACCUGGGGGUCCGUUUUCGGCAGCUGGGCAGGUUCUUACGAGGAGUGUCGAGCGGAGCUCGUCGCGAUGUAUCUGAGCUGCGAAUUCCCCGUCUUGCAAAUCUUCGGAUUCGGCGACGGCUCAGUUAACAUAGAUGGUGAAGCGGGAGAUGUGCUCUACGCCUCCUAUCUCUCUAUGGCCCGGGCCGGUCUCACGUCGCUAGAAAUGUGGGAUCCCAAGAGCCAAAAAUGGGGCCAGCCUCACUCGCAAGCCCGGUUCUCCAUCCUCCAGUGCUUCCUAGCUGCUGGGGACGACUUCUGCAAACUGGAAUACAACGGCGACGACUUGACCGACCUGAAGAUAAGCCUAGACCGCUCGAAGAUCCUGACGGCGGGCCGGAAAGCGGUGGGCGACUACCUCCAGAAGCUGCACAUCUACAAGGCCACCGCUGACGUCGAGGCCGGCGUAAAGUUCUACGGCGACAUGACGCACGUGGACCCGGAGUUCUGGGGCAAGAAGGUGAGGGACGAGGUCCUGCGGAACAAGCAGCCGCGGAAGGUGUUCGUCCAGGCCAACACGUACCUCGACGAGGCGACGGGAACAGUCACGCUGAAGCACUACGACGCGACGCUCGAGGGCAUGAUCCAGAGCUGGGCGGAGCGGCAGAUCUGAGGCUAAAUCCGUAGCCGUAAGGUGCGGUAAAAGCG